GCUGGACAUACAGCCCACUUCGGCGCAGUGUGCCAUCCUUCAUGCAGCAUCCACCCAUUCACAUUUAGCUGCCCGCCGUCUCGGUUUGUCUCUAUACAGGGGCCCAGCAUCACACCGAGUGCGCAGCAGAGGCGACGUCCCGGGGAUCCAUUCAUUCAUGCGGAUGCCUUGUCAAAUUGAAAGGACGAUGUUGGGUUUCGCUCUGCUGACCCUGAGUCUAACGGCGCCUAUUCAUGGCAUCCUCCCUGAAAUUGUGAAUUCAGAAAUCAAUCAGAUAAUCGAGGACAAUGUGGCUCAAGGACACGCUACAUUAAACGACAUGUUCGUGGAGGUUGAGCAGCUGAUGGAAGACACGCAGCAGAAACUGGAGGACGCCGUGCACCAGAUGGACAAUGAGAGUGCCAGAUCAAGCUUGCACCCAAGUAACCUUCCCUCUCACUCCAACAAUGAUAGCAGUUCUGCUGGAAGUAGUUCUGCAGAGAGUGCUGCGAGAAAUCGGUCCAUCCAAACUACAGAGACAGUGGACAAGGACCAGGAAAACAGAACCACCCUCCAGUCAAGUGAAGAGCAAAACAACAUCAACCAUGAGUGUAUCAUUGAUGAUGACUGUCAGAAGGGCAGAUACUGCCUCUAUGAGACUCACCAGUCUAAGUGUCUACCCUGCAAGGCCCUGGAUGUGCCCUGCACCAAGGACGAGGAGUGCUGUGCAGGGCAGCUGUGUGUGUGGGGUCAGUGCAGCCAGAACAACACCAAGGGAGAGGCAGGCAGUAUUUGCCAACACCAGAGUGACUGCAGCCCCGAUCUCUGCUGUGCUUUUCAUAAAGCCCUGCUCUUCCCUGUGUGCCUGGCCAAACCCAUUGAGCGAGAGCGCUGUUAUGCCUCCUCCAACCACUUGAUGGAGCUACUGUCCUGGGACAUGGAAGGAGAGGGGCCCAGGGAGCACUGCCCCUGCUCUGGGGACCUCCAGUGCCAGCCCCUUGGGCGAGGUUCCAUGUGUCUUAAAGGCCAGAACUCGAGUGAAGAGGACCUAACGGACACCCUUUAUUCAGAGAUUGACUACAUAGUCUAGGAUUUACCAAGCGGCUCCGUUCCAAAUGGCUUGUAGACAAUCAGACGGCAGGCUCUCCAGCAGCUGUCUCGUAUGCUGGGGCCUCCCUGCUCCAAACGCCUCGGCAGUAACAUCUACUUGCAGAAAACCUGGAGAAUUGCUUAUCUAGUGCCUUGCAAAGGGUAGCGUAUCCAUUCUGCUAGACGUUAACCAAAUUGUUGAGUAGCAUGUAACACUUUGGUUGUACCUGAGUGAUGACUGAGUUUAGUUGCUUUAUCAAAUGCAUUUAGACACUUCUUGGAUUCCACAGUACAAUGGUUGGAAUGAGUCUUUUGCCCCCUGAACCCUUGCAGGUGACUUGUCUUUCCCUAAACUGCUUCUCAUUGAUAGUUAUUGAUAUCAGGCCAAUAAUAUAAUCCUUCUGCAUUUGACCAGAGAAUCCAUGCAAUCCACUGCAAGCAAUGGCUAAUCCUCCUGGUUAUAUUGCUGAUGUGAUGGUGUAACCCAAUACGACAUGAAAAGUUGAAUGUGAAAAACUCCAGACGUGGUCAAUGUGAAAAGCUCAUCAGGGACACUUGUUACCAUAUUCAUGCAGCUUUCACAGCCUUUGCAAUAAAAUAUUAAUAAAGGACACUCA